CACGAGCAUAUCUCCUUUACCCAAAGGCUGGCCACACUGCACAGAAGCGCGAAAUCUUUUUCGAAGAAUUUUUGUGUUCUUUCAACUUGCGAUACAAAUUCUGGCCCAGGAUUGGCCAGCGGCAACGCGGCGACCAUCAUGUCCGAAUCAGACUAUUUGUUUGCCCUGAAGCUGCAAAACCAGCUGAACGCUGAGGCAGAGCGCAGCAACGCAUUUGCAAGUGCGGAUACCAGCAAUGACACAGACUUACAGCUGGCACGCAGGAUUCAGGCCCUCUUGGAUGAGGGCGAGAAGGACGGAGACAGCGAUCUAGACACUAGUCUCCGUUUCGUCUACCCUUCAAAUCAGCCAAAAUCAGCAGCAAUGGCUAACAAUAAAAGCCCAAACAAUAAAGCCUCUGCUCCAAAGAAACAGCCAGUGCGCGCCAUUCAGGCCAGCCAUGAUGACUUUCUCAACCAGACGAUGAAUCUGGUGCAUCCGCAGUGGGAGCUGGUUGAUCCCACUCCAGACAUCUUCUCCAUGUUUAUACGCUUCGACGAGAAGUUCUUCCAGCAGCGCCUUGGCGCCGUCGCUCUCGAGUGGAGCAAGAAGAUGUACUCGUGCGCUGGAAUCUGCUACCAGCGAGGCAAUCGCUUCGUCAAGGAGGUGACCAUUCGGCUCAGUGAGCCGCUGCUAAAGCUGCGUCCGCGCAAGGAUCUCGUGGAGACGCUUUUGCACGAAAUGAUCCACGCUUACUGCUUUGUGCUCAACAUCCGCGAGGGCAACGGUGGUCAUGGACCCAACUUCAAGCGCAUUAUGGAGACGAUCAACAAGGUGGCGGGCACCAACAUUACCGUUUACCACUCUUUUCACGACGAGGUGGCCGCCUACCGCACCCACAUCUGGCGCUGCACGGGCAUUUGCCAGCAGCGCACACCCUUUCUGGGCUAUGUGAAGCGAACUAGCAACCGAGCGCCCGGUCCGAACGAUCAAUGGUGGGAGAAGCACCAGCGCGAAUGUGGCGGCACCUUUAUGAAGGUGGGAGAACCAUCGAAACCUUCCAAACCGGAGCCCAAAACCAGGGCUAAGAAGUCCACUCCGGCGGUGGCCGCGCCCAAGGAUGAUAUACGCAACUGGCUUGGACAGCCGGCAGCCAAGAAAGCGGCCACUGGCACAGCUUUACUGGGCAACUUGGCGAAGGCGGUGCCACCGACUUCAUAUCCCGGACUCUCAUCCGAUCCAUUUGCCAUGCCCAAGACACCAACUGCUGCCACAAGACCCAGUGGUGCAAAUAUCAUAAGCUUCGGCGAUCUCAACAAAAGUGGCGGAGGCAGCGAAAUGACCAAAUCAGGUUCGAAAGCCACCACUGAUAUGAACGGUCAGGGCUACAGUCUUGGUGGCUCUAGCGCUGUAGAAAUCAUUGAUAUUAGUGGCCCUAAUGCGCCCAAUACUGCUACACUUCGUCAAAUUCGACUCGAUCGUUUUAGUGGAUCUGCUUCCGACAAACCGCAGAAUAAUUCUAAAACAGAUAUUUCCAAAAAGAGGCGUCGUGUUUCCAGUGACGGCGAGAUAAUCACCUGGGAGUCCUACGAUGAUGAUGUGAUGGUCAGGGAUGUCCAUGUGCCCGUCAUAAUCGUGACGGACAGCGAUAGCGAUGAAGAGGAGCAGGAGAAGAAUAAAUUUAAGAUGCCAGCUGGUAGAAACACCAUGAGCAGUCAGGAGCGCACUCAGAACAUCAAGCGCGAGGUAAUGGAGGAUGAAUUGACCUUUUGCGAGGACGAUAUUCUCUUAAUUGAUGAUGAAUAUGACGAUGAGGAGGCGGCCGCAAAUGACAGUUUUACAGCUGCCACGGAACUAGCUGAUCAAUCUAUUAUUGACGAUCUUUUUGGAGAGGACACCCUGCUGAAGGAGUUUCAGCGUGAAAAUGACGUGCACCCCACAGGAUCAAAGUACGCCAAAAAUGUGGACAACGACAUCGUAUCUUGUCCCAUUUGCUUUGAAAAGAUGAAGCGCACGCAGUUGGCCAAUCAUUUCGAGGGCUGUACCAUUACAGUGCGCGUGGAACCGCCAUCGUUUAAACCGAAAAACAGCCGACCAAGUGCCUCUGUUACCUCCAAGGGCACCAGUUCCUCCUCCUCGAGACCUUCCACAUCACGCGGCGCCAAGUCAAAAUCAACGUCAUCAAAGCAAAUUCUUCGCAACUCCGGAUACACAGAAGAGGAGAUCGCCGAGCUCAACCUAAGCUCCUCCAGCGACUCGACCACUUUGCUGUCCAGCGAGGACGAGCUUACUCCGCGUCAGCGUCGCCAGCGGAAUCUCUACAAGCAGACCGUUGGCUGUCCCCGAUGUGGCCUGGAGUUUGAGGGCCACCAGCUGAAGGAGCAUCGAUCUCUCUGUCAGGAACGGAAGAAGCGCUAGAACGACACUUUAUUCAAGCACAGAUCUAAUCUAACCAUAAAUUAAUUAAGUUUUUCAGAAUUCGUUUUAUUUGUUAUUAAAAAACUGUUAAAUGAUGCGCCCAA